UCUACGGGGUGCCCUCCUUUCCCUUGGGUCAUGCGUGGCUGGAAGUGUUUCCCGAAAUGGAGUAUUUGAGAUGGGGACCGCCCUGGACAUUAAGGUUAAAAGCGCGAACAAGGUUUAUCACACCAGGGAAAUGCUCUCCGGGGUGGUGGUCAUAUCUGGGAAGGAUUCGGUCCAGCGCCAGGGAGUCUCCUUGACAGUGGAAGGAGCCAUGAACCUCCAACUCAGCGCCAAGAGUGUGGGUGUGUUUGAAGCAUUCUAUAAUUCUGUUAAGCCCAUCCAGAUUAUCAACAGUACCAUCGAAAUGGAGAAACCAGGAAAAUUUCCCAGUGGCAAAACAGAAAUUCCUUUUGAAUUUCCUCUGCACGUGAAGGAAAGAGUUCUGUAUGAGGCUUACCACGGCGUGUUUGUCAACAUUCAGGUUAAGAAGGGGAAACUGACUCCGAGUCCCGUGGACUUCACUGUCACACCUGAAACCUUACAGAAUGUCAAAGAGAGAGCCUUGCUCCCCAAAUUUCUCAUCAGAGGACAUCUCAACUCGACCAACUGUGUUAUCACACACCCACUAACGGGAGAGCUGGUGGUGGAGAGCUCGGAGGCCACCAUCAAAAGCAUCGAGCUGCAGCUGGUGCACGUGGAGACCUGUGGCUGUGCAGAAGGGUACACCCGCCAUGCCACAGAAAUUCAGAACAUUCAGAUAGCCAAUGGGGACAUGUGUCGGGGCCUCUCUGUCCCCAUAUACAUGGUCUUCCCCCAGUUCUUCACCUACCCGACACUGGAGACCACCAACUUAAAAGUGGAGUUCGAGGUUAACAUUGUUGUGCUGCUUCACCCUGAGCACCUCAUCACAGAGAACUUCCCGUUGAAGCUCUGCAGGAUGUAG